CGAGUUGAGCGAUUCCAUUGCCGAACCAGUUUUGUGACGUGGGCUGCCUGCAGUUUCACGACCGGCCGCCAAACGCGUGGUUUUCUCAAAAUAUAACCUACGAGCAGAGUGACCUGUCAAGUUUGUAAUAAUAUCAAGAUGUCGCGUCUAUUGGGAAUUAUGUCGAGACUACAGCUGACUGGAUUUUCUCGUCAUACGCGACGCUAUUCGGCUCUGCCCCUUGUGUAUUCCGAGGACGUACGCCGAGCAAAAGCGGACGGAACGCCAAUAGUUGCGCUAGAAUCGACGAUUAUUACCCACGGGAUGCCUUAUCCGAAAAAUUUGGAGACAGCUCGUGAGGUUGAAGACAUUAUUCGAAACCAGGGAGCUACGCCUGCAACAAUCGCAAUUCUAAAAGGCGUGCUAACAGUAGGCCUAACAAAGGAACAACUGGAGUAUCUUGCAAAAGCCAAAGGUGUUAUCAAGGCAUCGAGGAGGGACCUGGCACCCAUCAUGGCAGGACAGCAAGACGGUGCCACUACUGUAGCCGGCACUAUCAUUGCAACUGAACUAGCUGAUAUACCAGUAUUUGUGACUGGUGGCAUUGGUGGUGUGCAUCGUGAAGGUGAACACACAAUGGACGUGUCAGCAGAUCUCACUGAGCUGGGGCGCUGCAAGACAUUGGUCGUAUGCAGCGGUGUCAAGUCAAUUCUAGAUAUUGGACGAACACUCGAGUUUUUGGAAACUCAAGGAGUGACAGUGUGUUCUUUUGGCGAGUCCAACGAUUUUCCAGCAUUUUACACCACGUCUUCAGGAUAUCACGCGCCUAACCGCGUGACCGAUGCUCUACACGCAGCUCGAAUUUUGUAUGCUGCGCGGCAGUUACGUCUCUCUUCUGGUAUAGUUAUUGCUGUACCAGUGCCUGAAAAAUACGCAAUGGACAGUAAAGUCAUUGAAACAGCUAUCCAAAACGCAUUAGUUGAAGCCAGUAAACAAGGAAUUACAGGCAAAGAAGUAACUCCAUUCCUUUUGGCUGCAGUGUCUACAGCAACGGGUGGUGCAUCGCUUGAUGCCAACAUCGCGCUCAUAAAGAACAAUGCUAAAGUCGGCGCCGAUAUUGCCGUCCAAUUUCAAAAACUGAGGAAUGUUGACAAUUUAGAGAACGCUUUUAAUAUCGGGGUCUCAAAGAGCCCGGGGAAAUGUACGACGAAUUCUUCGAGACGGUUCCAUACUUCGUGCGCUGUGGGUAUCAAAGGAGAAGAAAAUAUGAUAAAAUAUAAUGAUUUAGGAGGCGACGUGCUCGUUAUCGGUGGAGCCAACGUCGACAGGACAUACAGAGUGACAGAAGAAUCCGUUCAGCUGGAUGGCAGCACCCAUGCAUGCAAGACGGAGCAAUGCGGCGGUGGUGUCGGCAGGAAUAUCGCCGAGGCGCUGUGGCGGUUGCGCGGCGGUCGAACACGUCUCCUCACAGCCAUCGGGGACGACGCUGAUGGCCAAUAUAUACAAAAUAUAGCACCAGGAUUAAUUCUUGAUGAUUGCAUAGUGAAAUCUGCGAGAACAGCAAAAUACGCUGCGGUUUUUGAUGCUAAAGGAGAGUGUCGUCUCGGUCUUGGAGAUAUGGAUAUUCAUAACCAAAUCACUGUUGAGCUUGUAAAUCGACACAUAAAUGAUUUAAAAAACGCACCGCUCGUUGUCCUCGAUGGCAAUAUACCACUAACUACUAUGGACUACGUUCUUGGAAUAUGUGAAGAAUUCCAAAAACCAGUCUUUUUCGAACCAACGGAUAGAAGAAAAGCAAUUAAACCAUUUCAUGGAAAACAUAGUAUAACAUAUGCUUCGCCAAAUUUGAUGGAACUUAGAGCUAUGGCAAACUUUAUGAAUCCUGAUAUUAACGUUAUGAAAACAAAUGAAUUGGAUGAAGUUGUUGAACUUUCUAAAGUUAUAUUAAAAUGUGUCAGAGUACUCAUAGUAACAAGAGGAUCCAAAGGUGCUAUUACGAUCAAACGUAUAAAUAAUAAGUUGGAACCAUAUGUUAAGGAGUUGGAUGUACAAGUAUAUCCCGCCAAAAUAUUAAAUACCGUUGAGAAUGUUUCAGGAGCAGGAGAUUGCUUUGCAAGUGGUUUCAUACAUGGUAUCCUCCAAAACUUACAAGAAUCUCAAAGUAUAUCCAUUGGGUUUGAAACUGCGAAGCAAGCACUGCUUAUUAAAGAAACAGUCCCGCUUAAAUUUAAUAUGUCAAGACUCAAAAACCAAAAAUAAAGUUUCGUAUCGCAAGUCGUAAGUCACUAUUUGUAUGAUCUAUUUACGUCAUUCUCGUUAAAUGAAAAAACCGGUCAAGGGCGA